UGCAAAAUUGGAGGUAUGGGGCACAUCAUGAACAUAUUCGGGUUUGUGUUGUUGUUGUUGAGUGUGUCGAUGGUGGAGCAAACCGAGGCGAAAGGUUAUGAGACGCCACUCAACUGUGGCCACUUCGAGUGUGCCUCGUACAGAGUUAUUCAAAGCCGGUCGGAGUUCGAGAUUAGGAGUUAUCCAAAGGCUAUAUGGGUGGCUACUUCCCCCAUCGCCUCUUCCUCCUACAAGGAUGCUGUUUCCAAAGGCUUCAAAAUCCUCCUUGCUUACAUUCGGGGCAACAAUGAGGAAGCAGUGAAAAUGAAUAUGACAGCACCAGUUCUGGUAAACAUACAUCCAACCACUGGAGGUCUUCACAAUUUAACCUAUGUUGUUCACUUCUACAUGCCUCAAAUAUUCCAAAGAAACCCUCCCCGAUUGGCUGAAGCACACCCGGUGGAGCUGCCUCGGAACAAAUUUGCAGCAGUGAGGAGAUUUGGGGGCUUCAUGAAUGAUUCCAACAUCUCUGCGCAAAUAUCAGCCUUGAAGAAAAGCAUCGAAGGCACAGCUUGGGAUUUGAAUAAACGCAGCGGCAGCCGCUCUCUGCAGUACAGUGCUGCCGGUUACAACUCUCCCUUUGAAUACGAGAAUCGUCUGACUGAAGUGAUGUUAUGGUCCGAUUAGCUUUCGUUAGACCUAGACAAAAGGAUAUGUUUCCCUAAGCUAUCAAAAUAUUUCUUGUUUCCCACGCUUUACUCUUAUAUUUGCAAUUUACAUCAAGAUUACAGAACUUCAUUGCUUCAAAAAUGAAUGCGGAACAAGUUCAGAACACCGGUACCAAUCUUUGCCAACUGAUCACAAAUGUUAUAUCAAUAAACAAAAAGCAUUACCAAACAGAAUCCAAAGAAUCCUCUAGUUAACACAAAAAACCCAAAGUUCAACAACAGAACCAAAAAAAAACAGCAACAUUU